AUGUUUCACAGUUCUACCAUGCCUCGUCCGAGGAAACGGCCGAGGCCAGAGGAAGCAAGCAUCUCCAGGCAUGACGAGGCAAAGUUUUUGGAUGUCAGAAUAUUCCUGGUGGAGAGGAAAAUGGGAAGCAGCAGGAGAACAUUUCUGACCCAGCUGGCCAGGUCAAAGGGCUUCAUUGUGGAGGACAUCCUCAGUGAUGCGGUCACUCAUGUGGUGUCAGAGGAUAGUCAAGCAUCAAGCCUCUGGAUGUGGCUAAAGGGUUGUGCACUGAGAAAUCUGUCCAUGAUGCAUGUGUUGGACAUCUGCUGGUUCACUGACAGCAUGAGAGAAGGCAGACCCGUUACCGUGGAGACCAGACACCUCAUUCAGGAAGCUUUGCCAGAAGUUGCUACACCUACACCUGUGGCCACAGUUUCUCAGUAUGCCUGCCAGAGAAGGACAACCAUAGAAAACAACAACAGGAUUUUUACAGAUGCAUUCGAAGUGCUAGCAGAGAGCUAUGAAUUCAACGAGAUUGAUGGUCCAUGCCUGGCCUUCAGAAGAGCUGCGUCUGUCCUGAAGAGUCUGCCUUGGGCGGUGCAUUGUCUCAGGGCAACACAGGACCUGCCCUGCCUGGGUGAACACACCAAUGCUGUCAUAGAGGAGAUCCUUCAAUGUGGCCGCUCAUUUGAAGUCGAGAAAAUCCUCGCAGAUGAAAGGUAUCAAACACUCAAGCUGUUCACAAGUGUGUUUGGGGUUGGACCUAAGACAGCCGAGAAGUGGUACCGCAGAGGGAUGCGCUCAUUCAGCGACAUUCUGGCAGAGCCCAGCAUUCAUCUAAACCGGAUGCAACAAAGUGGUUUUCUGCAUUAUAGAGACAUCUCCAGGGCUGUCAGUAAAGCGGAAGCCUGGGCCCUGGGGAACAUUAUUGACGAAGCUGUCCGUGCGAUCACACCGGAUGCCAUACUAGCACUGACAGGUGGCUUUCGCAGGGGAAAGGAGUUUGGCCAUGAUGUAGACUUUAUAGUGUCCACACCAGAGGUGGGGAGGGAGGAUAGUCUACUCAUCAACAUCAUUGAGAUACUGGAAAACCAAGGCAUUCUUCUCUUCUGCGAACACCAGACCUCCACCUUUGAUAUGUCAAAGCUUCCCAGCCACAGGUUUGAGGCCAUGGACCACUAUGCAAAAUGCUUCCUGAUUGUGCGGUUGAAGGGCAGCCUAGUGGAGGGAGGUCUUCAAAUGGGUGAGGAGGACAAACGGGACUGGAGAGCUGUACGCGUGGACUUGGUGUCACCACCUAUGGAUCGUUACGCUUUUACUCUUCUUGGCUGGACUGGCUCCAGGCAGUUUGAAAGAGACUUAAGGAGGUUUGCUCGAUCGGAGCGGCGGAUGCUGCUGGACAACCAUGCCUUGUAUGACAAAACCAAGAAGGAGUUCCUGGCAGCGAAGACUGAAAAGGACAUCUUUGCCCAUCUGGGUCUCGAGUACAUCGAGCCUUGGCAGAGAAAUGCGUAGGCCUGCGCUCCUCCCCGGAUGGAUGAUACCCUGCAUGUACAUCAGCGAUUAUCCCAUCUGCUUGCUGCUUUGAGGCUCUGCCGUGAUUCACUUUCAAACAGCUUUUGAUUUCCAAAAUUUUGUGUUGUUGUUGCCAAUAUUGUUGCUGUUGUCGUCUGGAUUACAAUGAUAUGCGAUUCAUCAUUCAUCUCAUUCAGCAUUGUCUGCCAGCAUAUAAACAUCCUCACAUACCAUUUGUAGCCUGCCUGCAUCUAAGUGUUGCAAUCACAGGCUGGACAAAAAAGACAAAUCAGUUGACAUACGGUAGGUACUGCCUGGAGUGCCUUCGACAUGCAGGAGAGAAAAAAGAAACACAGCAGUAAGACAGAAAGGGAGGAGGUGACCACUGAGAGAAAAGGAGGGUGAGGGAGAAAACAGGAAACGAUGAGAGAAAGCGAGGGGGAAGGGGGCUUUUUGUUGAGGAAAAUGUUUUAAUCACCCUCCUCCUGGCAGGAAAGUGCUCAAUGUGAAGCUGAGCCAGGUCUCUGAGGAAGGGAGAGGCGGGUAAUGAGCAUCGGAUAGAGGAGCGUCUGCAUCGCCAUUUAGCCUCCAUUUAGGUCUACAUCCAAUAGAGAUCACUUAACUGGCAUUCAACAAUCCAGACACACCAUAGUCUCUGCUCAUCGUUCCACAGCGAAUCCCCCUCCCCAGAUAGUCUCCUGAAAUUGGAGGUAAUCAGCUGCACUGGGAAAUUGUGACGAAUUCAGAUGGAAGGUAAAUGAGUCCACUAACCACAUGGAUGGAUCUUGGCAUUCAAAGCAACUUCAGCUCUAGUGCAUCAGUUAUCUUACUGCUUUGACUUUGCUAAUGUUUAAUGCAUGACGGUUGCUUAUCAUGACGUGUGUCCUUAAUUUCAGGACAGUAAUCCACUAUUAAGGCAACGUUGUUGAUCCCUUUGGGCAACACAAGUAAGGCUGAGUUGCUCAUCCAGCGAUGACAAGAUCUGCCCUGCUGUCAUCACCCCAACCUACUUUCCCAUGAUGCUCAGCCCUCACUUUAUCCCAUGGUACCUCAACAACAGCAGAGACAGAUGAGAGUAAAGCAUUUUAGUGAAUCACCCUAUUUAAAGAUCUUUAACUAGAACAGUCCAGCACUUUGAGGACUUGACCCAGGCCUUUUACUCCCACCCUCCCCCCUUUUUGGCAUGUCUUUCUUUCACUCCCGCCGUGCUGUUCUUUCUCUUAUGCCGACACAAAACAAAACUUUAAAGCUUCUGAGCUGUAAUAUUUACACCGGGUGGAGUGAGCUCCUGCACCCCAAUCUCCUGGGUUAUCUCAAGUUUUCACUUUAAAUAAGAGAAACAGUCUUUUUUUUAUCAUUAUUAUUCUCCAGUGAGAUCUCUCCAAAGUGAAAUAAAAU